CCGGCCACUGUCAACAGGGAGCUCGGUAAGACCAAGAUGAGAUAGCAAGAGGUGUCCGAGGGAUAACACGCGGUUCACUGCGAGGAUCCGAGUCCCCGCAGAACUAUACAGUCAGAUUAUAAACACAGAAACCCACCCGGCAUGUUCGGGAACCUGUUCGAGGAAGAGGAGGAGGGAGGCUCCUCAGGCACCCACCUUCCACCAAAGGGGGGAGACGAGCCGCCACCCGCCCGAGGAAGGAGCGACCUGUGCGGCAUCAAGAACCAGGGAGGGACGUGCUACCUGAACUCUCUGCUCCAGACCCUGCUGUUCACCCCCGAGUUCAGAGAGGAGCUGUUCAGUUUGGGGCCAGAUGAGUUAGGAUGCCUGGAGGACAAAGACAAACCAGGGGCCAAAGUCAGAUUGAUCCCACUGGAGCUGCAGAGACUGUUCGCCCGUCUGUUGUUGGUGGACCAGCAGAGCGCCUCCACCGCCGACCUCACCGACAGCUUUGGCUGGAACAGCAGCGAGGGCACAAAUCAACAUGAUGUGCAGGAGCUGAACAGAAUCCUGUUCAGUGCUUUGGAGCACUCUCUUGUGGGAACCAGUGGUAGUACAUUCAUUCACCGGCUCUACCACGGGACUAUUGUCAACAGCAUUGUCUGCAAGGAGUGUGGAAACGUCAGCCAGAGACAGGAGGACUUUCUGGACCUGACGGUGUGUGUAAGCGGCGUGUUGAGCCUGGAGGAGGCUUUGUGGAACAUGUUUGUGGAGGAGGAGUUGUUUGAGGGUAAUAACCUGUACCGCUGUGCAAAGUGCGACAGGCUGGUCACAGCUGCUAAGUCUGCGAAGCUGCAGAAGCUUCCGCCAUUCUUGACAAUGUCUUUGCUGAGAUUCAGCUUCGACUUUGCCAAAUGUGAGAGAUACAAGGAGACAGGACGCUACAGCUUCCCCUUCACCUUCAACCUGCGGCCAUUUUGUGAGCAGACUAACGGAGACGACUCGGAUUACACCUAUGACCUGUUCUCUGUGAUUAUCCAUAAGGGUGGCUGUUAUGGUGGCCAUUACCAUGUUUAUAUCAGGGACAUUGACCAGCUCGGGCGAUGGGAGCCUCCGGAGGAGGACUGCAAACCUAAAACUCAGAGGAAAGUCAAGGAGGUGGUCAAUGAAGCGUUUGAGCCCAAACUACAAGAAGACGACCCUCUGUCUGUCCUAACCUCUAUAAUAUCCCAGGAUCCAUCAAAGACUGUCCUGGUGGACCAACUGGGCCAGAAACUCAUGCAAAAGAUCGGUUCGUCUUGGAGUAAAAGGUUCAGAAAACACUAUGGUCCCAUAGGAAAGUUCCUGCAGUCCCAGAGUGAUGUGUUCAUGUUGGUUUCCAACGGCACCAGAGUAGCACUUAAGACAAACCUGCCAAGCCCGGUGACUGAGCCUCAGAUCCCAACAGAGCCGACCACUAACUCUGAUCCUCCUACAGCUUCAGACCUGGGAGCUGCUGAACAACAGCAAGGAUCGAACCAGAAGCCAGAAGCUGAACCAGAGCAGGGUAGCCACUGGUUUGACCUUAACGACUCAACGGUGACCUCCAUCAGGGAGUCUGACAUAGAGAAGCAGUUCCAGGGCAAAGAGAGUGCGUACAUGCUGUUCUACAGGAAAACACAGCUGCAGAGGCCCAGUGAAGCUCUGAACAAUCCACAAUAUAAAGUUCCUGUCCACCUCGUCCAGAUGGCUCAGGAGGAGAACAUCAAACUGCGAGGAAUGCGCGAGAAGUUUGAAGCCACCAACAACACAGUGGAGCUUCAUCUGCACCUGGCCCCCUGUUACAGACUAGAUAAUGGAGCCCUGCAACCAGCCGACAAAGAACACAAUGGAGGCACCGACCUCAGCUUCGACCGCAGAAAGACUGUAGGAGACCUGCGAUUGGCUAUUUACCAGAUGCAGGAACUCUGGGAAGGAGACAUGGCUUUGACUGUGGCCAAGAGUCUUCCAGCAGGUUUACACCUCUACAAUACUCUCACAGAUGACAACGUCUCCCUGUACAGUGCAGGCAUUUACACCAACUCUGACUUGUUUGUGUGGAACGGCAGAGAGGUGUGUGGCGCCACGAUCCUAACUGGAGCUGAGUGGGAGCCCGUGCUCCUGACUGUAGUCCGUCCCUUUGUGGAUGAAGACGUGGAGCAGGAAGAGAGGGAUGGGGAGGAAUACAAGGAGAACGGAGGUGGUUUUGAAAAUGGGGGACCAGGACUUAAGAGGGAGGCGAGAGGGUUUGCGGGUGGCGUGACACUCUGUGAGGUAAAGGAGGCGCUGGGGGAGCCUAAGGAGAGUGUGCUGUGCCAGGAGCAUAAGGGAGGAAAGAGAGGAGAACAGGGAGGAGGGGCAAGUGGGUGGAGGGUGUUCCCACCCGACGACAUGCAGCGGACGCUGAAGGAGCUGUCACUCAAAGACGGAGACGCCCUGUUGGUGCUGGAGCCACAGUCGUUUGACAGCAGUGUGUUUACCCUAAAUGGAGAUGUUGUCACUGUGACUACACCGUCUGACUGCCGCUGGCUGCAGGUGGAGUUUCAACCUCAUGGAGGAGGAGGAGGAGGAGGUGAAGGGGAGGGUGAGGAGAGGAGGAAAAUUAAGGUUCCAGCUACAGGAAAUAUGCUGCUGGGCGAGGUGAAACAAAGGGCCAUGGAGGAGCUGCAGCUUCAGCAGAAGUCCCCAGGUGCUCAGUUCUGUCUGAGACAGGUGGACUGCACAGGGAAACUCCUUCCUCCAGUGUGCGAGGAGCUGAGCGUACGUGAUGCAGGCGUGCGCCUCAUGACCACACUGACUCUCUGUCCGGGAAAUGCCCCCAAGGCAUCGCAGCUGUUUUUGCAUUUCUCUGUGGGAGCAGCGCCCUCUACUGGCAUGGAGAUGGACAUAAUUGUGGAGGAAACUUACACAGUCAAAGAGUGUCUCAAGUCAAUGCUGGACGCUGUGGGACUCGAUGGAACCUGUUGGCACUUGAGGAGGCUCGAUUGGUGUGAAGAGGUUGGAGAGCCACUUAUGGAUGAGGAUGCUUCUCUGUCAGAGCUGAAGAUCAGCAGCGGAGAUACGUUAGUCGUCACGGAAGGACAACUUCCUCCGAAGGGUUUCCUAAAGUUAACCAUGUGGCUGUAUCCAGAUCCCCAAAACACAGAGACAGAUUUUAACCACACUGCAGGUGAAACACAGAGUCUCUCACUUCCUCUGUGUGGCGGCAGCACGGUGGAGCUGAGAAGUGUAGGACAGGUGGAGAUAUCAGACGAGGCCACGCUGGAGGAUCUCAAGACUCAGGUAUUGACGCUGCCUUCGCUGCAGAACGUGUGUUUGCCCAUCACAGCGUUCAUGCGCGUGUGGCAGCUGGAGGGAGGGAGGCUGGCACGAAUCCUCAGAGGACAACAACUAACGCUCAGGAAAUUGAAGCUGAGCAGUGGAACAGACCUUUGUGUGCAGCAGCUGCUGAAAGAGGAAGAUCUUGGGCCCAAGGAGGUGUUAGUAAAUGUGAAGAUGGGCGUACCAGGGGAGAGGAGUUACUACCCUCCAGAGGAGCUGGUGUGGGAUGCUUCCCGUGAUUCUUCACCUCGCUCUCUGCGCACAUGUCUGGCUGCACAUUACGGCCUCUCCCCUGAUUCUCUGCUGCUGGCCAAACACCAGCCAGACAAGCACAUCUGGGAAGAAAUAUCCAACUGGAACCAGCAGGUUUCCAAAAAGAAAAAGAAGAAGAGAACAGAAUCACUGCUGGGAGCACCGUUCCACCUCAAAGAUGGCGACACAAUCGGCAUCAAGAAUCUUUUGAUUGACAACAACAGGGACUUCGUCACACAGGAGGACGAGCAGGGCCAGCAGAGGCUCCGGGAGCAGGCAGAGCAACGCAGGAAAGGAGAAAAAGCUGCAGGAUCUGAUGGCACUGCACCACAGAGGAAAGCUGGACAGACCAAAUCUAGGAAGCCAGAGGUGGCACUGUCAAUCAAUGUUGGGGAAUUCAGAUAGCACCCGGCUCCCGUAGGUGCAUGGACAAAUCAGGACUACCUAUAACACUACGCUACACACACAGAGGCAGGACAAUCCACUUUAAAGUCACAAAAUCAAACCGUGAAAUCCUAUCUGCAUCCCAUUUGUCUUAUUGAUAAAAGACAUAAUUUUAUCUUUGAUUUGCUGAUUUGCAAUAUUUCUAUGCGAUGUAAAUCACAACUUAAUAUCAAUAAGUUUGAUUUAAUUACAUAUUCUUUAUUUCUUCUUGAGGUUAAAAUCCUGCAAUGAAAUUCUUUUCUCAAGUUGUGGUUAAACUGCAGCAUUCAGGUUAAAUUAAUCUGUGUGUCCACCAGCACCAGGGGCUUUUAACUUCUGUCUUUCAGUAACCAGUUGUCCAGUACAAGCCACUGCAGUAGAAAACGUUUAUGACACUCAGUGCAGUGUAAACCUUUGCCAAGGGCCCAAACUCACAUGUUAUAAACAAUUCCUGGAUCUGCCCCUUUGUCCAGAUCCGCGCCGAAAUAUAUUAAUGUUUUGUGGCUGAAAAAAAAGCCUAUGAUAUCCCAUUAUUAAAUUUAAAUAUAAUAGAUGGAAAUAUUUACUUAGCUCUGCCCCAAAUUGCACACACUCAUAGAAGUCAGGCCCUUAAAUAUGCCUGAUUCUUUUCAUCGAGAUCCAUGAAGUAUUCGCUGGGCAAUCGGUGAGAAUUUCCCAAAAUCCAUCAUCUCUUGCAUCGUUAAUGAAAGAGGAAAACAAAAUCCUGGAUCCUGCUGAAAAACAAACGGACAGGGGUGAAAACAACCCCACUAAACUUCUCAUGUUCUUUUACAAGUUUUAAAAUCAGUGACUUUUACAGAUGGGCUAAUUUUAGGUUGAUAAGGGAGAGGAGAGACAGGCCUUAAUGUGGAGAAGCCUCAGUGCUGCUCUGUCCUCCCUACCUCACUCUCUACCUCUCUCACUCUACCUCUGCUGCCCUCUUCUAUUACAUUAAACUACAGUUAAAGUAUUUACACAGCAACACUUUCUGUAAUGUAUAAUUCUGUGUAUUUUACAUUUCAGGUGUUCACUGACAGCAGCUGCAGGGUUGUUUACUUCUUGUCAUAUUCUGUAAAUGGGAAAAUAACUUAAUUGUCCUCUGUUGGACAUGAUUCACCUUUGACGAAGCUGGAAAUUAAAGCAGAAAAGCAUCUUCAGUUUCACCUAAUUGUGUCUUUUUAGACAUUUUAGAAGGAAACACUGUGUGGAGCAAAACCUUUGUGUUAUAAAACCAGUUAUGAUGCCAGGUGAGAAAAGUAAAGAUCUUUGAUUUACUCCACGAGUUUUCAUUGAGGACAAUGUAAUGUUUGAUUUGCAUGCACUAUAUGUGGACUUCAGGGAAGUUACAAUAAUUUAUUUGAGAUAAGUGACAAAAUAAUUGUGUUAUUGUAUCAAUUGAAUUGUGACAUUUUUUUUGUGAGGAUUUGAUUUGAUUUUUUGCCUCAUAUAUAAUUUGGCGUUAAUCGGUGCCAAGAAUUUGCAAAUUAGAAAAAUCUUUUUUGUUGAUUGAAGCAAAUGAGUAAAAUAUAUAUAACAUGCUUCGCAAUAGGGAAUUUUUUUGAUCAUGUAUCAUUUACUAGUGUUGUGGAUCACAUCUUUGGUGUUAUUGCUUUGCUGAAGUAUGGAAAUCUGUGUCUGAUCAAAGUAUUUCAUCAACAAUAAAGGUUUAUAGUUGUAACUCA